AUGCGUGAUUCCCUAGCGCCUGCGUGGUUGUGUGCUGUGUUCCUCAUGUGCUACAGUCGGAAUGUGGGCUGGGCCCGGCAGCGAGUCAGGAGUCGUCUCUCCUUGUGGAUCGACGAGGCCCAGGUGAAAACCCUCACAGGUUACGAGCUGGAGAUAAAGAUUAUCACCAAUGGAGAGGUGACCCCGUACGUCCACAACCCGGAGCUGUUCGAUAAGAUCCUCAUUCCUCCAGAGAUAGACACGGUCAACUUGACUUGGCAGGCAGGAGCCGACAUUUAUUCCUACAUGUUUGAAGACUUUAUAUCCCUGGACCUGGACCUGCUCUACCAACCACUGUUGGGGAUUCCGGCUCGGGGCUACAUUCCCAGGUUCCCCACAGUAUUUCAGAUAACCAUUCCUUGUAAAGGCAACCAGCGCGGAGUUGCCUCCCUGAUGCUGGGGUUAAGGAUCUUUGAUCACCUGCGACGACCGCUAGAGGGCACUCCUAUUCACUUUCGAUUAAAGAAGCAGUGCGUGGCUUUUGCAACGAGCUCCCUAUGUACACAAGCAUGCCUUCACGGAGGUACGUGCAACUCUCACGGUGUCUGUGAAUGUCCGCAGGGCUUCCAAGGACCUUUCUGUGAUAUAGCCUUGUGCAACCCGCCAUGCCAGAAUAACGGAACUUGCAUCUCCCCGUCAACUUGUGCCUGCCCACUGGGUUUCUAUGGCAACUAUUGUGAGAAAGCUGUAUGCGGUCACGUGUGCCACAAUGGCGGCCAGUGUUUGCCAGAAGGCUUCUGCUGGUGCGCUCAAGGAUUCUACGGAGAUGCCUGUGAAUAUAGUCAUUGUGUACCCACGUGCCAGAACGGCGGCAUCUGCAGGGGCAGUAACCAGUGUCAGUGUUCUGUCCUCUACUCCGGAAACUUGUGUGAGAUUAAAGAAGACGCAGACAGGGCCAGACGGAGCAAGGAGACACGGCUGGACAAGUCUCGGAAAGCUGGGGACAAGCAGCUUAGUACAA